AUGAAUGAAUAGAAAUUGCGAGAAAUGAUGAAAAUAUACACUGUCUCCAAGUAAGUCAAUAAAAAAGCUGAAAAAAAUUUCCUUAAGUUUUCCCAUCAGUUCUAUAAAAUGCAUAAGGCUGAUAUGGCUCCUGAAUUGCUGAAUGAGAUCAAUUCUCUAAGACAACAAAUCAAAGUCGAAAAACAAAAUUUCUCAAAAUAAACAUCUCCCAUCAUAAGUCCACGUCAUUCUGAAAAUCCUAAGUCGAUUCUUCCUAAUUAAACCCCAAUCUCAGAUUUAGUUAAUGAAAAUAAAUAAAAAUUAGAUUCUAUUGUUUUAGAGGCUGCCCAUGCCUAAAUAUUUAAACUAUACAUAGAAGAAAUUAAAGAUUUAAAGCAAUAACUCAAUAAAGCAAACCAAAUGAUGGAAACCUAAAAAAAGUAAUAUGACAUAAGACUUGAAACCAUCAAUAAUUAGUUAGUGGAUUAGAAAAGAAUAAAUGAAGAUCUAAAAAAAGAUGUAAAAGUAUUGAAGUAAAUGUUAAUGGAAAAAUUACAUACUCGCCAAAUAACAGAAAUAUCAAAUAAAACUCAAAAUGAAAGUCUAGAAAAAUACUAAAGUAUCAAUACCUCAACAUCCAAUUCUUGUCAUACCAGGAAAAAGAGCUUAGAAGAUUUUAAAUCCGAGAUUGAAUAGGCUCUUAAUAUUUAUCGUCUUGACAAAUAAACUACUUAGUGUUAGGAGAGUAGGACAUAAAAAUGAUGGUUAUUUAUAUAUUGAGAAUGAAGAAUUAUACUCUGUCAUUUUUAUUUCAGAAUUAUAUUUAUCUA